AGUUUCCAGCCUUUGGCUCGACAUUGCAGACUUGUCUGUGCAAUUUAGUUCCGGUCGCCAUGGCCGUCGUUUUCCUCGUUUGGGCGUCCUUGGCGCCAUUGGCCUUGGGCGCGCGGGUGGCCGUGAGUGGCUUCGCGUCCGAGAGCCGCGGCCCCAAGCCCGGGCACCGCAUCGCCAUCGUGGGCGCCGGCCCCGCCGGGGUUCACAUGGCGAGUCGGCUGCGUCAGAUGGGCCAUACCGAGACGACGCUGCUGGAACGCAGCGAUCGGGUGGGGGGCAAGUCACUGACCAUCUACCUGAAUGAGCAUGGCGAGGAGUGCGAGCAGCAAAUGGAUGCCUCGGGGAAGGUGGACACGGCGUCCUGCGUGGCCCACGAGAUGGGCACCUGUUUCCUGCACAACGGCUACCACAGCAUCCGUGAGCUCGUGGAUGAGUACAAUCUGACGCACGUGGUGCCGCCCGAGGGCCGGGCCAUGUUCUCGCACUUCUCGACCGACAGGUUCCACUCGCAGGACAUGGACGAGUUCGUGACCUCCUCAAUCAUGGAUGGCGUGCGAAGCGGCACCAUCUACGCGCCAUCUUGGGCGAUCGGAAGCAAGUUGAAGGUGAUGGUUGCGCUGCUGCGAGCAGUGAAGAAGUACAACACGCUGCACAAGGAGAUCUUCGGCGAAGUGGAGUUCUCUAUGCCUCACAGGCUGAGCAGAGAGACGCUGCAAAGGAUCAACAUGACCUUCUUGGAAUUCCUGCAAUCCAACGACCUGUACGCCUUGAGCGGCUUCUUGAUGUUUGCGCAUGCCGCCCAAGGCUACGGCUAUGUGACCACCAUCCCAGCCUUCUACGGGCUUUGGUGGAUCACCCCGGAGCUUUUGAACGGCUACAUGCAGAUGAGCUUCCGGGAGGAGUUGGAGAAAUUCUACGACCCCAAGAGCGAGUUCUUCCAGCAAAUUCGGGGCACCUGGGUGCGUGCCGUAGUGACCGCCAUCGUCGGAGGCGCCGCCGAUGUGGUGAAGAGGACCACCACCAUGCUGCCCGAAGGAUACCAAAAGAUUUGGACCACCAUUGCGGAGAAGGACGGCUUGGAUGUCCGCUAUGGGGUCGAGAUUUUGGACCAGGGCAUCGACCGGCAGCUGGAUGAUCCCUCUGCGCCUGUAAGAAUCAAGUACCGCCAGAAGGGCAAGAACGAGGUGAUCGAAGAGGAGUACGACUUUCUGAUUUACAGCGCCCCUCAUGCGCAUGCCAAGAACUUUGUGAAGGAUGUGGCCAUUCAAGAAGAAAGCAUUUUCUCAAGCCUGAAAAGUUUCGUCCUGGCUACCACGCUGUAUUCAAGUGAGCCAGUUCUGGACUACACUGACUCAGCGAGGCGACCGAUCAUGUACGAAGCAGACAAGAUGUCUGGGCCAAGUCACGAUGGUUCCUGGUACGCUGACCGCUGGGAUGACUUGAUUUUCGGGCAGCCGAUCCCUGGCCGUCAGACGCGGGUGGGGUAUCAGUUCUAUGAGAACUAUUGCCAGGGCGGAGAUAUGAUGUGCAACAGCGACCGCACGCCCAACGAGGGCGGCGCCAUGGAGUCCUCGGAGCGGGCGCUGCGGCAGUUCAGGGGCGAGUUGGAGCGGCAAAAUGUGAGCGGCGUGAACACCUUGCGUCAGUACCCCUGGCCGUACUUCCAUCACUUCCCACAGGAAGCAGUUCAAGAAGGCAAGGUGUGGGACCUUUUGGAGAUGCAAGGCCAGCGCAAGACUUGGUGGAUCGGAGCCAGUGCCUGCUUCGAGUCCGUGCACGACGUGACCAAUUACAACCUGAUGAUCUUGCGCAAAUACAUGGGCGCCAAGAUUAUUCAGGGCAUCGCUAUGGGCUGAGAGGCUGAGAUCGUUCCCAUGCGGUGAAUCGUUUUAACGAAUUCGACUGACUUGGAGCAAAACAGAAAGCGGCCAGCGAAGCAUGGCGAAGCGAGGGG